UCAGACGGGGGAGGACAAUGUCAAUCGUUCGGUCAUAGCGAAAAGGUGAAAAUAUGGCGAUAUUUUUGUGCAAGUAGUGAUAAAUUUCAACCCCCAAAUAAGUUUGCUUUUGUUUUUGCCAGUUUGGCUGAGCGCGGAAGUGAGAGUGCUAAUAAUGAGCUAUCAGAUCACACUGCAGGACUGCAUCAACGAUAACACAUUCGAUAUCGAUGCGUUCGAGCGGGCGAUUCAGCAACAGGUUCCCCAGUACUUUCAGAACCUGGCCGAAGAAAAUCCCCAUUUCGGCUCGCUCGAUCUGGUGCCAUCUUCCGAGGGAGCGGAAAUCGUCACCAGCGACAACAGUUGCGGCGCUGGUUCCGCCGUGUCUCAACAAUCGCCCCAGCAUCGGAACGGUGGGGACAGUGGAAGCGGCAGCAUUAGCGAAAAUAGUAUUCUGGUUGAGUUUGAGAAAAUUGAUGAUGAACAGGAGGACGGAGGUAACAAUACUCUAAACGAAGAAGGAGAGCCAUCGCAUGCUACUAUCACAAUCGAGGGACCUGACAAUCAAGUACUUGCCCGGUAUCGGUGCAACUAUGGCAGCUGCAACCGAAGCUACAGCACGGUCGGUAACCUGCGAACUCACAUGAAAACACAUCGAGGUGAAUACAAAUUCAAAUGUACCGAGGACGGAUGCACGAAAGCGUUUCUGACUUCCUACAGUCAGAAGAUUCACAUCCGGGUACACACGAAAAUAAAACCGUAUGUGUGUGCGGAGAGCAGCUGCCGGAAGGCGUUCAAUACACGAUAUCGCUUACGGGCGCACCAGCGGUUGCACAACGGGGAAACAUUCAACUGUGAGGUGUGCUCCAAGUUUUUUACCACCCUGAGUGACCUUAAGAAGCAUUCACGCGUUCACACCCAGGAGAGGCCUUACAAGUGCAAAGAGGAAAAAUGCGGCAAAGCUUUCACCGCUUCCCACCAUCUGAAAACUCACAUACGCACCCAUUCGGGAGAACGACCCUUCUCCUGUGCGAUAUCCGAUUGCCAAAAAUCCUUCAGCACACCUCACAGCCUCAAGUCGCACACCAAAACUCACGAAAAACCUAAGAAGAAACACCCAAAGUCAUCAUCGGCGGCGAAUAAACAGAGAAAGUCCGAUCGAAAUGCCAAAGAAGACCAAAGUAUAGUUAAGGAAGAACCGCCCCUGGAUUUGAUUGCUGAGGGGGACGAUGAGCUGACGCUGGACAAACCGCUGCCCGAAGCGGAGGAGCAGCCACCCCAUCAGGAACAGGCCUACAAUCUGGUAGACUUCCACGAGUCCAAAGCGCUGGAAAUGGCACUUGCCUCGGAGGAGGAAUUCAACGCACCAUGGGUCGACAUAUCGGUGCUCGAAACAAAACCGGUUGCGCUGGAUCCGGUGACGUCGUCCUGUGUCGCUCUACCAACCAGUGUCCCGUCGUAUGUUGAUCUGCCCUUCAACGUAAGCGUGGCGGACUUUGGUGAUGCGGUGCAAGAAGUCGAAAGCUCGGAGAUAUUUUUGGAUAGUUAUUACGACAGCAGUUUGAUGGAGGAGAACGCUCGGAAGGAAAUUGACGAAGCUAUUCAGAUCAGCGAGCAAAAUGUGGCCAAACAGGAUGGGCAAUUGAGCAACGAAGAUACGGAUACGAUUUUGAACGAGCUGUUCUUGGAAGGUUUAUUACCAAGCGGCUCCGAGCAGCAGGAUUCCAACAACAACAACAACGCGGAACCGGUCAAGACCCUCAAGGAUAUUACAGCCGAAGCGGAUAUUUGUCGAUGCGUCAAUUGCCAGUGUGAUCCGAUGCAGGGCUGUCUUGGAGGGUGUGGUCCGGAGCGCCCGUGUAGACCUCAGUCGGCGUCCAAUCAACAGCAGCAAUUAGUGUCGCAUCCUGAACCUCCCGUGCGCAGUUUUAAUCUUUACCAAAAUCAACAACAGCCAUCCCGUGCGGUAGAAUCAAGCGGAGGAGGAGGAGGCUGUUGUAGUGCUUCAAGAGUACCCGCGCAGUCGACGAAUUCCGGCCCAUUCAGUGAACUGCUCACCAAUCUACUCGGACAACAAGGAUGUAACUGCAGUGGACCCAUGGAAGGGGUUUCCAAAGGAUGCUGCGUGGUCAUUUGCCUGAAAACUCUGGAGACCCUCAAGAAUGUACUUGCAACUCAACCAAAUCUGAUACGAUGCCACAGUUCAGGCAGCAGUGCCAUUGCUAACUAGCAGCAGCAGCAAAUCGCCAUGGUUAAACGAACGCUUAGUCAGUUAGUUAACGAUAAUUGUGCCAAUAAUGCAGUGUUAGCGUUAGUUUUUUUUUAUUGUUAUUAUUUUCAUAUUAUUUAGUUGUUAGUCGCAAUCGGUUUGGCCGAGUGGCCUAUUCAGGAAAUGAAAUAAGAUGAUAUUUAUUUGAAAUAGCCGCGCAAAAGCUUAUCUUGUUUCCUAGCUUCGCAUUUACCCAAACGUCGUAACGUCGUAUCUACAAGAAAAAAAGCAAUUUCAGUUCGUCCCGAACGUGUAAACUAUCUGUGCCUCAAGUGUGAUGUUUUUAGAGAGAGUAUAUACAACGUUAAGUGCCCCGUAUUUUAGUCCAGAUAUAAGAAGUGGCAAUAAAUCUGUUUGUGUAUUGUUUU